CUUCAGGCUGCGUGUGUAAACCGGAAGUGGUAGCUGCCUUUUACCUUUAACUUGAUGCUGCUGCCCAGACAGCCGGACUGGAGCCGGACUGAGCCGAACUACAGAGUUCCUGUGAUGCCCCAGAGUGGGCGGAGCUGGCCGGGGUCGUGAUGCCGUACGUGGACCGACAGAACCGCAUCUGUGGCUUCCUGGACAUCGAGGAGAAUGAGAACAGCGGCAGGUUCCUGCGCCGCUACUUCAUCCUGGACACGGAGCAGGGGAACCUGCUGUGGUUCAUGGACAACCCCCAGAAUCUGCCUAAAGGUGCGGAUAGUGUGGGCUUCCUCAAACUCACCUACAUCUCCAAGGUCAGUGAUGCCAGCAAGCUCAGGCCGAAGGCAGAGUUCUGCUUUGUUAUAAACGCAGGCAUGAGGAAGUUCUACCUGCAGGCCAACGACCAGCAGGACCUGGUGGAAUGGAUCAACGUUCUGAACAACGCCACCAAGAUCACAGUGCCAAAGUGUGGGGAGGGUCAGACCGCCGACGUGGAGACCCCACAGGAAGCUCUUGGAGCUAUGAAGCAGGUCUCCUAUAAGACAGAGAUCGUAGCUGGGGUUCCCAUCAUCACAGCCACACAGGAGCAGAGCGAAGGCCAGAACGGGUCAGAGCGAGGGAAGCGGGCUCAGAACCAGCUGCCGUACUUCCUGUCCAGAGGGGUGCAGGAUCAGGCUUUCAUUAAGGCUGGAUACUGCGUUAAACAGGGAGCUGUGAUGAGGAACUGGAAGAGGAGGUACUUCAUCCUGGAUGAAAACGCUCUCAGCUACUACAAGUCUGACCUGGACCGGGAGGCGCUGAGAGUCAUCCCUCUGAAGGAGAUCCAGAAGGUCCAGGAGUGCAAACAGAGCGAACUGAUGAUGAGAGACAACCUGUUUGAAAUGGUCACCAACUCCAGAACCUUCUACAUCCAGGCUGACAGUCCAGAAGACAUGCACGGCUGGAUCAAGGCCAUCUCCGGGGCCAUAGUCGCUCAGCGCGGGCCGGGACGCUCCGCCAGCUCGAUCCGUCAGGCCCGCCGGCUGUCCAGUUCCUGUAUACAGAGGAGCACAGCGGCUCUCCCUCUCCCACCUCAGCCUCCACCUUCUACUACUCCGUUAACUCGGAAUCGCUUUACCCAGAAUCCUCAGCGGGUGAUCAGCCUCACGCUGGACACUCACCAACAGGACAGCUUCCUCAGCCUCCUUCCUUGGCGGCUCAGUGGAGUCCAGCCGAUGAGCUCCCGCCUGUCGCUGCAGGAGACGGUUCAGUCCUCAAAGUGAUGGCGACCAAGAGGCUCUGCGGUGGCGAGGACGACCUGACCUCAGAGGAUCCAGACAAACUCAUCACUCAGAUGUGAUAAAAACUCACCAUUGUUUAUUCUCCUGCUGAACUAUGUUUUUCUACAUGUGGGUC